AAAUUCCCAGUCCUCUCGCUAAGUCGCUCUUCUCUCCCGUGGCCUUUGCCGUCCUCAGUCUUCAGUCUUCACUCUUCACUCUUCACUCUUCACUCUUCAUUGAGAAGUCCGGGAACUGGGAACAGUAACGAAUGGCGGAUCGGUUCUUCCCAAACGUGUUGGCCGACUUCGUACCCGAAUCUUCUCCUUCAACCCCUCAAGAACAACAAGACGCAGGUUCCAUCGGUGCCCAAGAUUCGCUCACCAAGCUCCUCGCCAUGCCUUACGCGCCUCUUUCCGAGCGAUUCAAGCGCGCUGCUUUGGACCUCAAAGAAACCAUAGCUGUAGAGACUUGGGGCCUGACUGGGCAGCACAUCCGGGACUUCACCCUUUAUUGCGGGGUUCUUGGCACGGCUUUUCUGCUCUUCAAAUCUUAUCAAGUGACGAACAACAAGAAUGAUCUCAAUCUCUCAUCGCAGAUUGUCAAGGCUUGUGAUUCUGCCUCUCUUGGUUCUAGGGACGCCACUUUUAUCUGUGGACGUGCUGGAGUGUGUGCCCUUGGAGCCGUUGUGGCAAAGCACGUCGGUGAUGAGCAGUCCCUGAGGUACUAUUUGGCUCAGUUUGAGAAGAUUAAGCUGCCAAACAAUCUUCCUGAUGAGUUGCUGUACGGAAGAGUUGGUUUUCUUUGGGCAUGUUUGUUCUUAAACAAGCACCUCGGGCAAGGAACAGUUCCUUCCACUUAUAUUGCUACGGUUGUGGAUGAAAUUAUUAGAAGAGGAAGAGCAUUGGGUAGGCAAGGAAGAUGCCCGCUUAUGUUCGAAUGGUAUGGAGAAAAGUACUGGGGUUCUGCGCAUGGCUUGGCUGGGAUUAUGCAUGUCUUGAUGGAUAUGGAGUUGAAGCCAGAUGAACUUGAGGAUGUGAAGGGCACUCUUAAAUACAUGAUAAAUAAUCGCUUCGCGAGUGGAAACUACCCUGCCAGUGAAGAAGAUAGAAAACGUGACGUACUUGUGCACUGGUGCCAUGGAGCUCCUGGAAUUGCCCUUACUCUUGCUAAAGCAGCCAAGGUUUUUGGAGACACACAAUUUAUGGAUGCAGCUGUGAAUGCAGCUGAGGUGGUUUGGAAUCGAGGUCUGCUAAGACGAGUUGGGCUCUGCCAUGGCAUUAGUGGCAAUGCUUAUGUUUUCCUGUCACUCUACCAGCUAACCGGAAAUGUAGUGUAUUUAUACAGGGGUAAGGCAUUUGCUUGCUUUUUACUUGAUAGAGCUCACAGGCUGAUAUCACAAGGCGAGAUGCAUGGGGGUGAUAGGCCAUACUCAAUGUUUGAAGGGCUUGGAGGCAUGGCAUAUCUCUUUCUAGAUAUGGUUGAUCCUUGCCAAGCUAAAUUUCCAGCCUAUGACCUCUGACAUUCUUGGAACGUACAUGAUAUGGGAGCCACCGAGCCAGGCCUUAUCUGUAACUGCUGUACUUACCGAGAAACGUUAGUGAAAAUAAAAAUGAGAGCCUUGGGUAGGUGACUUUUAAUGAGCCCAGAGCAUAUGAGAGCUAAGAUACAAACCUCAUGGGCUUAUGGCGCUUUCAAUCUUUUUUGGCUUGCAUAUGAUAGCAAUCCUAACAUCCUGUUUUGUCAUCUAGUUUAACAAAUGACAUUUGGAGCUUCACUGCAACUUCAUCUAACAUAGCUACUUAUGAGACCUAUAGUGCCACUUUAGGCACAAGCUUGCAGAAACUCAAUAUUGUUACUUUGUGGAAACUAAUUGCCAAAGCAAAUCGUGAGGUAUGCAAAUAUGGGAUUCUGUCCUUACUGUCAA